GGCCAACCAAGGCCACUGCAACGUCCGGUGAAGAUCAAAAUACAAAAUUCCCCGUCGAAUAACUGAUCAAAGUUCGUACAGCCGUCAUUUGAGGUGUUUCCUGCCGAGAGUAAGUACGGCUCUUAAUUUUCUCGUCGAGAAGAAGCAGGACGCUGUUGCGAAGAUGUCGAGCAAGUACAGAAAAAACACCAGUGUCUCGCUGUCAAUGAGCAACUUGUUGGAAGAACCGCUGCAAUUUGCGGCGGUUCUGAUUAUGACGACUUUGUUUAUCUUUGCUCACACUCUGGGCAUUCUUUUUUCGAUUUAUGUUCUCUUAACACCCUUGUACGGCUUUAUGGUGAUUUAUUUGCUGUGGACAUACUGCUUUGACAUGAAGACGCCCUCUAAAGGAGGCCGAAGAUACGAGGCGUUUCGAAGGCUUAAAACCUGGGAUUAUUUUCGCGAUUACUUUCCAGUGCGACUCAUACGAACAAAGAGACUUGACCCCAACAAAAACUACAUUCUAGGAUACCAUCCGCAUGGAAUUAUGUGCGCUGGAGCUUGGGCUAACUUUGCUACCGAGGCCACUGGUUUUAGUGAUCUCUUUCCCGGGAUUAAGUCUCAUCUUCUAACUCUAAAAUGUAAGUCACAUGUUUAUCUUUUCAAUUUUUUUAAUUCCCUUGCUCUUUCGUUUUACACGCUUACAAUUGCCUAUUGUGAAUAUGCUAACGCAUAUGCAAUUGAGAUAAUUUCAUAGUGUACAAGUAAACUUUACGAAGCCUCCCUCGUUCACUCUUUGUACAUCUUGCGACUGCAAAGUACUUGUCAUGUACCUAUAUCCACAGAUCACAGUUCUAUCGAAAGGUCAACAGCCUAUGCAAAGUUAUUCAAUGAAUAGCGAAGUUAAGAGAUAACUCAAGUGUUUGAUAUGCAUGUAUAUUUUAUUAGUCAUUGAUUUUGCGAUGUGCUUCCUUCGAAACAUCUUGCUUUUACAACCCUGUUCUUUCACGACGUAAAUGACACUUCUGAAAUUGUAUACGGCAUCCCAAUAAACAGGAAACGAAAGUCGAGCUAAGUCUGCAAGCUAAGCUUUCAUCUCUUUAUUAAAGGCAAAUAGCUUUCACUGGUCGACGCAAUUUUUCCAGUUUGGUACCUUGCCAUAUCAACGAAAUACUAUAUGUUAUAUUUAAAAGUCAGUUUUUAGGAAAGAAAGACAGUAAAUUUUGAAAUUUCAAGGUUAUCAAUCAUGGUUGAGAGGGGUUGCAUGCACCACCCAUGAUGCAUGAAGUAUGUAAUGUAUCAGUUUACAGUCAACCCUCUCAAUGAAUCAGGAAGGUAUUACCGUGUGAGCAGCUAGAGAUGCCCUUCCAUCUUUUUUUAGGGAAGGACCAUCAGAAAAGUUAUUGGGGGAUAGGGGUGGGGAGUGGAAAAAUAUUCAUGCCAGCGAAAAUUAACUAAUAGCCUGCGAGCAAGCUCUCCUAUUUGGGUGAGUGAAGCGAGUCUCGCGAGCAAGCGGCGAAGCCGCGAGGGGCCGCGGCUUCACCGCUCACUCACGUGUUUUCACGAGACUCGCUUCACUCGCCCAAAUAGGAGAGCUUGCUUGCAGGCUAAUUAACUAAAGGAAAUGUUAACAAAAAAGUAUUUAUGUAGCUUUAAAAUUCCCCACUCCUGUCAUAACUUUUCUGAUGGUCCACCCCUUUUCUGAGGAGAUUGAAAGGGCCAGGGAAGCUGUGCUCACAUGGUGCUACUUUUCAAAUGAAUCCUCUGGCACGUUGAAGUAAUGAUAAUUUACUGUUGAAUACAUCAUGCUGAUGUUUGCGAGUCAUCUUAUUCAUUGGAUUCAUUACUGUUAUAUUAUAUUUUUAGUGAUGUUUAAGUUUCCCCUUUGGCGUGACUUUGUUAUGGCUGGAGGUGUGUGUGAUGUCUCAAAAGAGAGUAUCCGCCACAUUGUUACUAAGCAAGGUACUGGAAAUGCAGCUGUGAUUGUAGUUGGAGGGGCAGCAGAAUCUCUUGAUGCCCGUCCAGGCUCUUACACUCUGACCCUCAAAAACAGGAAAGGAUUUGCGAAGAUGGCUCUUCAAACAGGGUAAGGAGAACAAAAUAAUAUUUUCCUUAGUGUUUAGUUUCAGUACUUUAUUCCUCGCAAAGUAAAUUUAAGAACAAAUCUUAUUCUCAAUACCUUUACUGUUUACUGUUCAGAGAACUGUGCAUUACACAUUGAAUAAAAUUUAAGGAUGUUACCUGGAAAGUACAAAAAUAACCAGUUCAUGUACAUUUAAAGUGAUUGUAGAAUGUUAAAAGGGUGCUCUUUACUUUUAUCAAAGAACACAUACUUGCUUUUUCAGCUCUUAUUUUCUUAGUCAAAGAGCACCCUCCUGGUGUUUAAGAGGUGUCAGGUUUAAAUCCUGUCUGGAGCUCAAAAUUUUUUCUUUGUAGUAAUUGUUACUCCAUCUUUUUCCCCCGAGUACCAAACUUUAAAUUUGCUGUCUUUAUUUAUCAUUGUGCAGUUCAUAUUUAGUUGUACAUGAAACUAAUUUCCCUUUUUGUAUAAAUUCCUUUGCAGGGCAUAUCUUGUGCCAGUGUUUUCUUUUGGUGAAAAUGAAUUAUUUAACCAAGUCAGUAAUCCAAGAGGUUCACGGCUGAGGGCUUUUCAAGACAAGCUGAUGAAAAUAUUAUCCUUUGCUCCGCCUUUGUUCUUUGGUAGAGGCAUUUUGCCAAGAAUAAUUGGCAUCAUGCCCCAUAAGAGACCGGUCUGCACUGUAGGUAUGUACUACUGAACUAGCAGUCACAGGCAGAUUUAGAUGGAAAUUGUAUUAAAAGGUUUAUAAGAAUUCUCUGUAAAAUCUGUGGUCUAGAGACUGUCUUUAUUGUGGUCGAAGAUGCUGUUGAUAAAAAAAUCAAUAAUAGUAUUAAAAAUCUCCAUGCCUCAUGAUCCUCCUUCUGAAAUUUCUGAAUUCUUUAUACUGUCAAUCUUCCAGUAUGUUACCUCCCCUAAACAACUGCUCCUUCAUCAUUGAGAGGUGCAACAUUCCUUGAAUCCCUGAUAGUUUUCCUGUGGACAGAUUUUCUCCCCUAGGGUAACUUUGUGUUAGCCUGUGAAAUUGCUUAUUUAUUUUUGGUUCUCAGAUGUGCUUGAUUGACACUGUAUUUCUCUUAGUAAAGUUAUGUGUGUAGUUGCUUAUGUGUGUCACAUAAUUUUUUACCCUUUAGUUUGUAUUUUUGUGUUUUAUUUUCCUCCAUUCAGUUAUCUUUUAGUUAUUGAUGUUCAGUAAAUCUAAUGUUUUGAUUCCUUUUCAGUUGGUGCUCCAAUCCCAGUAAAGAGAGCAGUAACAAACCCCAGUGCUCAACAAGUCAACAGGCUCCACAAGAAAUAUGUCCAAGGACUUAUAAAUCUGUUUGAGGAACAUAAGCACAGAUAUGGCUUGGCAAGAAGUGUCAAGCUAAGAAUUGUCUAGUUGAUUGGUACAGUAAUAUUAUUGUCAGAUUGACUUUAAGAAUUAAGAUUUAUUAGUAAAUAUUUAAAUGCCCUUUUUUGUAAAAAUCUGUAAAAUUUUUGAGAGAAAAGACUCAAGCAGUAGGUUUUGCUUCAAGUCAUUUCAAGCACUGACCAGCUUCUGGCUGUACCCAUGUAACAGCCUGUCCAAUAAUAUGAAUAAAUUCAAUAAUAAAAAUAUUAAUAUAUUGAUGAAAGCAGAUAGGUGAAUUUUAGGUGAAAUUCAUUUACCAAAUUAUUUUUCUUGUGUAUGCUUUUCUUUGUGAACAUUCAAACGAUAGAAAGAUUGAUGAAAGUGUAUAGUGAAUCAAUAUUCACCUCAAUAUUUAGAAAAUUACUGUGAAGUUCUGAGUUACUGGUUUGGUUUAUUUAAAGUGGUUUGCAUUAAACAAUCUUCAAAUGCAAGGUUUGUGCCAUUAUUUUACUUGUUUCUCUUAUCUUUUAUUAUGAUCCCUUAACUUUCAGCAUGCCCCUACAUAGUAGUUUCAUAAACGAAAAAAAGGAAAUGGACUUGAAACACUCCUGUGUCCACAAUUUUUGCCUGAGUGGGGCAGGGUUACCUCCAUGUUGGCCUGGGGUGUAACUGUGCCUCAAAGGGGAGAAACCCUGGCCCUGUUUAAAUAAAGAAGUCUAAACCAUCUACAGUAUCUUGUGUUGGACUGAACCCUGUUUGGACAAUGAACAAAAUAAUUAUGCACUCUUCCUUUCCUUUAACAAACUAAGGCCCGUUAGAGUUCAAGCUCCCUGUCCUGUUUAGCACAGAGAGCACAAAAUAAGCCACACAUAGUCCAGGUGUGUUCAGCCUAACCACACCCUCCCCAAAGAAGAAACUGAACAAAGCUCUCUCGCCGUUUUCCCUUAUUCUGAGUAAGGUGCAGCUACUCGUACGUAAGAUAAAGUCCAGUCAACCCCAUAAGGGCUAGGUAGUCCCUUCAAGUACACAGUCCUUUUCUUUGACUCCCUAUAAAGAGGUAACCUAAAAUCCCCAUUUUUGGCAGCUUCCAGUGAUCUCAGAUCAGUAAAGGUGAGACGCUUUCCAUUCAACCAAAACGUCCGGUUAGAAUUUUCGGCAACUUCCAGUAGUGAAUGGAACAGCUUUUUUCAAAAUUUCCAAAAAAGAGGACAACCUCGCGAGGUAUACCUAAAUGUUCGAAAAAUUUUUUCCCGGAAGUUUUCUUUCCAUCCAACUUUGCUCCCGGAAUUUCUAGAAUUUUCGGUUGAAUGGUUAAGUUCGCAUUUCGGAAGUUCAACAGUUUCCGAAAUUUCUGGACACUUUUCCUGGAUUUUCCGUACCAUUUGCCACUUUUUCCAAACUUUCGAUGGAAAACACCCCAAUGUUUAGCCUGUUCCAGGCGUUCAGAUAGUGGGGAGCGGUGCGAAGUAAAAAGGAGUGCGAAAAAAUAAAAGCGAGGGAGGCAUUUGAAAGUUUCCCUUCCUAUUCAAAUGCCUGCCACGCAGGCUAAUGUUUUAAGUGCACCACUCCCGCGACACGCCCCCCAAUAUGACCAGUUCGUUUCCAGGUCUUUGUUGCUUUGUUGGGCUAACAACACGUGCAGAUCACCGCGUUGAAAGAUUUUUUUUUUCAAAAGUUCACAGAGCGGAAGCUAAGGUCAUAGUCUAAUGUUAAUACGUAUUUUGACACGGUUUUUGUUCUUUGUCUUGGCGCAAUUCUUUAAUUCGCUAAAUCAGCACUCGCAUCGGGACAAGAUGCCGCUCGUUGAAUUUGCGCCUCUUCGCAUACCUCUCCAUCGUCGGUUGGAGACAGCAGCAGUUGCGUUUUACUAUUACUCGUUCUAUUUUGGCGCCCUCAUUGGCACUCUUAUCAUACUGGGAUUGUUUUUCACCUCAUACUAUCCUCUGGCCAUCCUUUACUUGUCAUGGGCCUACCUCAUCGAUGGACGUACACCCGAACACGGAGGACGAAGAUCAAACUUUAUAAGAAAACUGCGAAUAUGGAAGUACUUUAGAGAUUACUUCCCAAUCACUUUGGUUAAAACAUCGGAACUUGAACCAAGCAAGAAUUAUAUAUUUGGCUACCAUCCCCACGGUGUGUUAUGUGCCGGAGCCUUCUGUAAUUUCGCCACCGAAGCCACAGAUUUUACCGACGUUUUUCCCGGCAUUACUCCGCAUUUGUUGCCGCUUAUGGGUAGGUAUAGAAGGCUUCUUUAAAAAUCUUAUUUUGUCAGUGAAGAGUACGCGGUCGAAUGCACGAAAUCAGUGGAACGUUGAGUGUUUUGUAGCCUGUCACGCAAGUGUCACGUAAUAUAACACAGAGGGUACUUGAUCACGGUAUUUUAUUGAACGGAGGAGUGGAAACCUUUUUUAGUCACUUUUCCUGCUUGACAGUUUAUAGGAAUGGUGAGUAAUGGGCGGAGAAACUCCAUUAUAAAAAAGGCAUGCUUGUUGGAGAAAAAGAAUUAAACCUCUAUUAAAAGGAGGCUUAUCCGGGCAUGACUCAGGCCAUACUCCAAUGUGCACACCUAAGUUCUUUUUUAAGAUAUUUCUGUAAAAAUAUUGGCUUUCCAUCCUAAACACCCCAAGUAAGACGAAAAUCUGCAAUUUCUACCCCAAAGCAAGAUGACAAGCAUUCCUAUCAUUAUUUUUUAUUUUUCACUUAGGGUACCCGCUGUCCCCAGGACCUCUGGGAGGCUUAUAACCCGGGGGGGAACUCCGCAUAUGAAAGGGAAGGGGGUGCUCGUCGGAAAUUUGAAGUAAACCCCUAAAGGAGACAAAUCUGGGCGUGGCCCAAGCUUUUUUUGACCGCUAAAAGAGACCAUGUUAAAACAAAGACAAAUGAGAAAACUUGGAUUAUAUGACUGGAGUAAAUAAAAUGCAUUAAAAAUAUACAUAUCAAAUAUAUCUUUUUAAGUUUUUUUCGCGUGCAACCCUAAACGAGACCUUCACGGCUAAAUAUGAUGGCGUUUUGCCCAGAACACCCUAAGUAAGACCAAAAUCUGAAAUUUACACCCCUAAACAAGACGACUAGCAUCCCACCCCAUUUCAUAUGCGGAGUCCCCCCCCCCCAGGGCUUAUAAUUUGCGGGAUGAUUUUCAACCUUGCCAGGUUUCAUCGCAAAGCUGAUCUUUGUAUCCUUUUUACUUUCAUUAAUUAGCCUUGUUCAAGCCACCCUUAUUCCGUGACUAUAUCAUGUGCAGUGGAAUGUGCAAUGUCACCCGUGAAAGUUGCGAGUACAUUCUUACCAAGAAGGGCCCAGGAAAUUCAGUGGUUAUUGUGGUAGGAGGAGCUGAGGAGGCAUUUGAUGCCCACCCAGGAACUUAUUCCUUGAUUCUGAAGCCAAGGAAAGGAUUCAUAAAACUUGCUUUGAGAACUGGGUGAGUCGGUUAAGAAAAAUAAAUAAUUUUAAGAUUUGAACUUCGUGGACAAUAAGAGAAAACUUUCCAUCCAAAAAUGUCUCACUAUACAGUGGAACCUUGCCAUAUGGCCAUCCUGUUUAAAUUACCACCUUGUUAUCACAAGGCUCGAAAUAAUUUCCGGAGAGCCUUCAGACACGAUGACCGGCCAAAUUCAUUUUAGCUCGGUCACUUAUCGUUUCUGGCCGGUCAAAUGUUAAUUCUUAAAACAAGGUCCCAUUAACCAAAAAUGGCUUUAUAUGUUCCAAAAAACAGCUAUGGGUUUAGAUAUUUCGCGGGUUCGCGGGGCCGCGAAAUUUGUUAGAAAUUCUAUCUAAUACAUGUCAAUACAACAUAAUUGAAACUUAUCUCGGCUGUUGGGGCUGUUAAUUGCCGUCACGUUCAUCCCCACAACGAGCGAACAACGUUCCAAAACUACCAGGCAUAAGUUAUGUUGGGAACAACUAGGCACUAGUCAUGAUGUUUUAAAAAGCUUUGCCAUUGGCUCAUUUCUCGAGCGCUUUGUAGUUAAAAUAGCAAGUGAUUAUCUCUGUUAAAAAACUUUAAACACGCUCGUCAAAUCAGCGCAAAAUCGAUCGAUUUCUAGCGAAAUUUGUCCAGAAAAUUCCACGAAAUCGGCCGCUUUUACCUAUUGUUUUUCGGCGAAGUUUGUCUCGAAAAGUUCCGCGAAAUUCCUGCGAUAUCAGCCGAUUUUUUUGCGGAUCUCUCUAAAAAUCCCGCGAAACUUGACUUUUUUUCUCCGCGACCGAUCAGACGCCCUGAGUUGCUUAACUGAUAAAAGUGAAAAUAUUCUUAAUUUUGUGACCGAAAGCGCGUGAACCCCAAUGUCUGUUUCCAUGCGCGAAUUGUAAACAACGUUUCUAGUUGUAUUUCACCCAGGAUUUCAGGUCAACGUUUCGCAAUGCACAGCGACUCGCUACAUACUUAUAACAAUUGACACAACUGAUUUCAUUUUCAAUACGAUCGAUUGUGACCAGUCAACAUGACCGGCAAGACGAAACGUUGACUGGUCAACUCCCCAAUCAGUCCGGACAUUGUCCGUUGACCGGCCGUUAUUUCGAGCCCUGUUAUCAUGACCAUAUUCUUUCAACCCAGACAUAAAAAUCACUGAGUCAUUUUAUUACCUUAACCCUUUAAGUCCCAAUAGUGUCCAACAGCAAUUUUCUCCUAACGAUAUUCAUACAUGGUCAUGAGAUGAGGUUAUGAGAAUUAAUAAAAUGAUCACCCAGGAGAAAAUACUUUGAUCUUCUAUCAAAUUCUCUUAGCUAAUUCUUAAAGGAAAUGUAUAGAGAUCAGCUUGGAGAAUUUGUAUGUGGAUAUUGGGGCUUAAAGGGUUAAAGACCCUGUUAAUGUGACCACCUCAUUAUUACAACCAGGAUUUUAUGACCCAACAGUUGUUGCAUUAACAGGGUUCUACUGUACAAAAACUACUACCCCAAACAUGAGAUAAAUGGGGAAAAAAGAGGGCAAGGCCAGUAUUUAGCCAUCUUGACUGAACAAGCUCAGUUAAUGAAGGAUGAUGAUGAUGAUGAUGAUGUGGCCAAAGGAAAACGUUUUCUCAUGGAAAAAAGCAGAAAAUCCCAAGCAGGCAAUUUGGUCGAUCAGAACACAGGGUUCUUCUUCUAGCCAGGGUUCUUUCCUGUUUCCCGGGGAGAAAGAGAAAAGGAGAAGGUCUCUUCCUGCGAAACAUUGGUGAGGAGAGACAGCUGUAUUCACAGGCCAUUUCCCUCUCUUGCCUGUGGUUUGUACUGUAAUUCCUACAGUAUAUUAUGGAACCUCAAAAAGUGGUUUAGAUGAGGUCUCUGGCUUCAAUACCAAAAUAUAAUAAUUUAGAAUGGAAAAGGGUGUAAUGUAUUGGGAGUACAAUUUGCAGGUGUGAAGGUUAGGACCUUCCAGUUUAAAGCCUUAGAAAACAGCCAACAUUUCAUGACACCACCACUAGUUUCCCCAUGAAAUGACAACUGAGAAAUGAGUCCAGAAAUUCCAUACUGAUGACAUGUCACUACCCAGAUCUGGGUUCUGCUUCCUUCUGACUGGCUGAAGCUUUCAGCUAAUCAGAAGCACUCAUUUCUCAGAUGUUAUUUCAUGGGGAAACCAUUGCAAAAUGUUGGCUGUUUUCUCAGGCUACCUCCCAAUCAGUCGCUUCCAUUAUUGCACAUGCAGCUGCAAAUUAAAUGCAGUAUCUACAGUAUAAAUUAUGUUGGAACUCUUUUGUAUUUCCAGAGCUUCAUUAGUUCCAGUAUUUGCGUUUGGCGAAAAUGAUGUAUUCAACCAAGUCAAUAAUCCAAGGGGAUCAUGGUUGCGAGAUAUUCAGCUGAAAAUCCAGAAGAAGGUUGCAUUUGCCCCUGUUCUUUUCCAUGGUCGGGGAAUUUUUCAGUACACAUUUGGUUUUUUGCCACACAGAAAACCAAUAAAUGUUGUUGGUAGGUGAUACUGUGAAGUAAUAAUUAUUAUUUCCUUAAGAGAACAAUUUACUGGUAGAUAAUACUACAUUGUUCCUAGAUCACAAAUCUCAGAGGCAAUAUUUAUUUCUUGCUUGAUCAUAAUAAUUUAUACAAUAUAAGUAUCAAUUUAGGUUUCUGGGAAACUGCCCACCUACCCCUCCCCUAACCCAACAUUUUGCCCUAAGUGAGGGGAGGAGUAGAUGGGCAGUUUCCCAGAAACCUAAAUUGAUCCCAAUAUAAGGGAGCGGUCAUUAACUAUUGGGGGGGGAGGGUCGGUAUUAUUUCAAAGGUUAGAGCCCAAAAAUGUUAGCCCCUCUCAGGUUAACAGCCCAAAAAUCUUGGCCCCCUUUAAAAUGUGAGCCCAAAAAAUUGUAACCCUCCCCUGUGAAAAACUUUUGAUUUUUUUACGAACGUUAUUUUGAGACAAUUAUUUCACUGGAAUAAGAAAAAAGUGUUACUAUUUUAAUACACUAUUUACAAAACCCAAUGGUUCACCAAGUAAAGGGAACCCGUACAUUAAACAGCCCCGUUGUUACUCAUUGAAUUCCUGUUUUGUAGUCAAUUUCAAGAGUGAACAAAUUGUGCGUAUUUAAUAACGGAUCAGCGAGAGCUGUCUCUAUUCAAGAGAAGUCCGCAGCUCUUGCUCGACCCCUCCAGGUCCUGCAAGUUCGGCCAUAUCGUGUGGUGUGCAAAAGAUUUUCAAAGUUAUUUUCCUGCUGGACCGAUUAAGUCUUCCUCCUGGUCCUCAUCAGAAUCCUCACUGAUGUCAUCAUCGCUAUCAUCCUCUCCGAUUUCGUCCAAGACACCAUCAUCAUUGCCAUCAUCAAUGUCAUCAUCAACAUCAUCGUCACAAUCGCUGUCAUCGAGAUUUUCGCUACCUUCAAUUAUCUUCUUAGCAAUGUCUAUGGUUAUGAGGUCUAUUUUUUCUUGCUUCAGUGCUCCUUUGGAAUGCUUUAGCUUCCUUUCCAUGACAUACAGGUCUAAGAUCUUAACUUUCAGUUUCUUUAGCGUUCCUUCUCGAUACAUUGCUUCCCAGUUGUAAUCUGCAAAAGAUUUUCGGUUCUCUUCCAGGUUCGCUUUCUUUCUGCUUUCUGUCCUCUUGUUUCUUUUCCUCUCUAGUUCCAGAAGAUGGUCCAGAUAUUGCUUGACUAGCCUUUUCUCAACAACAUAUUUCCUGCUGAAGUUCUCUAUGGCAUCAUCGUCAUUCAUUUUACCUGCAUCAAAGGCAAAAAGUGUAACAAUAAAUACAUGUUUUAUAAGGUGAAAUAAUCAACAUGACACGAGCAGGGGACAAAGAAAAACUGAAUACCUGGUGGUAUCACGAUAUUAAAAAUGUGGAUUGUACAAAAAGACGUUAAUUCCUAUUCUCACUUAGCAGAAACUUACCCUCAGCAAACAACUUUCUGAGCACUACUCUUGGCUGAUAAUCAUCAAGCCGCAUGAUUCAACGACCAUAACGCAGAACAUGUUACACAUAAAGAGGGUCGAAACUUCAAUCGAAACUUUACAAAAAAACCUAAAGGAACACUUAGAAAGAACAAUCCAUUCAUCAGGUAGAGUUUUAACAGGACAUAAAACUGCACAUGACUUUGAUGAGCAAAAGCUAACCGAAUUGCAGGGUUUUAAAAAUGAAUUACACACUUUAAUAACUAGUCUAAGUCAGUUCCAAGAAACCUGCAAAGCAGCAUUUAAGCACCCCUUUUCUGCAAUGAAAAGAAAAUCAAGAAAAAGGAAACAAAAUACCCAAAAGAGUGUGAAGCGGAAAAAGGCGAGGCAUGUGGCCAGGACGACUGAGGUCCUCAAGAAGAUUGCGCCUGAUUGGUCGGAGGGUAAGAUUUGUGAGAAUGAGGAUUUGUGCGGAGACAUCGUAAAAGAACUUGGAAAAAGAGAGCAGAAAUAGGCGGUAGCUUUGAUGUUUGAUCAGUGCGAACUUUUGAAUGACAGCCUUGAAAUCAGAGCUUAGAACAAUGUUAGGGUUUUCUGAAAGUGAGAGUAGCUCUAAUGCAAGUGACGGCGAUGAAAGUAGCGACCAAGACAACCUAAGUAGCAUCAAUGACAGCAAAGACAGUGAAAGAAAUAGCGAUGACGGGGCCGAUGAUAGUGAUGUAACUGAACAAUGUCAGGAGGAGGAUUCGGGAAGUGUCUUUACUGCAGUGGAAGCAUCACGACAGCAGCAGUGCAGAAGACAUUGGCCCCUACUGGAACACAAUGGAAUGCACUCCUUACUAUGAGCCCAUUGAGUAGUCGUUUAUACAUCUUCACUGGACAUUGGCAAUAUGUUUGAUACCGUUACUGUUUAAGACUGAUUGAGUUUUAUAGCAUACCAGAAUUUGUUGAUUUUUUAAAAUAACAAUAAAUCAAGUGAUGUUUAUAAAAUUGUUCUGGGUGUGAGCUUUUUCACUGUGCAAUUAAGCUUUGAGUAUACGAUUCUAUGAAGAUUCUCUUGCCAUGCUAAAGUCAAUAGCACAAAACCCAUUUGUGCACAUCGCCCAAAGUUUUAAUAAAAGGCGCCCAGAAAUUGUAACCCUCCCCUAUAAAACGUGGGCCCAUAAAAUUAUGGCCCACCCCAAAUGGGCGCCCAAAAAAACACAGCCCUCCCCCAAAAUAUACCAGCCCCCCCCCCCCAAUAGUUAAUGACCGCUCCCUAAUAGUACUAAUAAACCGAGAGUGAGGUCAUUACAGGGAAAUCUCAGACCAAGGCCUUGAUAUGCGAGGUUAAUAAGUUAUUUAUUAUAUUCUACAGUAAUUCGAGCCCAAGCUUUUUCAGUUGCCCAGAAUGUUCCAAAAUGGCAGCAAAGUGUAAAUAAACAUUCAUUUUCUCAUGGAACAGUCUAGUCUGUACCAACAAGUUCAAAUACCAAGGCUAUGCUCUAAGGAAAAUUGAAGGGUGCCCAGUGCUCUGAACCUGUAAAAUCCAGGGUGCCCAGCAUAUGAUUUGUAUGAAAAAUCUGAGAUUUUCUAGUUGCCCAGGAGCAAAAGUUGGGUGCCAGGGGCCACCAGGCUCUGCUAGAGCACGGCCCUGAAUACCUUUUGGGGGACCCCCUUUCUUGGACCCCCUUUCUUGAAAAAGAGAGAAAGAACCUCACUGGUCAAUUCCUAGAAUAAACCCUGCAUCCAGCAAGGUGUUUUUGUCCCAUAUUACCAUUUCUCUGCAAAUUAAUGGGCCCAAUUAAUGCACUGGGAAGGGAUGCUCUUCAGAGAAUUGGAAUGGUACCCUUUAAUGAGACAGCUUGUGUGUAAGAGACUGCUUUUAGGGAGUUAAUUUUUAUAAACGUUCUUAUAACCUUCUUAUCCUUUGCAGUUGGGGAACCUAUUUCAGUAACAAAAGUGGACAACCCAACACCUGAACAAUUGGAUGACCUUCAUGCUACUUACAUUGAAAGACUCAAAAAGCUUUUUGAAGAUCACAAAUCAAAGUACAAUGUUCCUGAAUCAACAGAGCUGGUUAUUUACUAAUAGCAUCAAACCUUUUUUUGUUGGACAAAAAUAACUGUAUGUUGGAUGUGUUAAUGACCAGUACUGUGACAGUGAAGGUCAGGACUGGUUGACUUUGUACUCAUUGCAACUACAUAAAUGUUUUAGAAAUAUUUUUAGUGUUAAUGUUUAUGCAAAAAUAUGUAUUUUUUAGCAGAUUUACAUGUAUGAAUGGCGAUGGGCACUUUUAUACAAGAUUCUUAACUUGUAAAGUAAUAGUAUUUAACUGCUAAUUAGUUUUAUAAUCCACUAUCCCUUGUGAUUUAAAUCAAAGAGUAGCUAUUUCGUGGUAGAUUAACUCCAUUUAUAAGUUAGAGAAGACAAAAUAUAUUAUCAAUAUUAUAAAAGAGUUGUUUUAAAAUAUAUAUAAUAUUUUUCAAGUACAAAUGUGAUAGCUAAUUAACAAUUAUACCAUUAACUUUUACCCCAUUAUUUGAAAGUGUUUUAUUAGACUCCUUGCCAGAAAAGUGACCCCAUGUUAAUUGCACACAUGUAAUGUGCCACAAUUAAUUUUUAUGAAUUGAGACAGUAUAAAAAAUAUUUCUGUACAAAAUAAUAACAUUAACAUGUCAUUGCAUCAAAGGCAAUGUAGAUAACAAUACAGGUACUAGGAGAACCAUACUUUGUCUUUAAAUAGUCAAUAUAAUAAUAAUAAGGAUUAAUAACUAUGAGAGCUUUGUUGGGGUCUGUGGAUGAAAUCUUGUGGUCUUACCAUUUAAAUAAAUUAAAACUCUUCAGACAACAAGAUUCCAAAUGGUAGAUGUCAAUACAUUGCACUAUUUGUUUUCUCAAUUUUACAGCAUGAAAUUGGAAGCUUUGUUCUGUAUGACUUAUAGUAAGCUUUUGCUACACGUAGAAAGGAAAGUGUUCAUUGAAAUGUGCAUAGUGAUCUGUAUGAUUAAUAGAUUCUUACACCAAUGAUCUGAAUGAUCUGACUGCAGAUCAGGCCAGUCUGACUGUUACUACACUCAGAACACUGCCUGUUUCUGUUAAUAAUACCUUUUCUUUACAUUGACACUCAUCCCAUAUACAACAACCC